AUGGAGGAAUCAAGACCGAAAGCUCUCAUCGUCGGUGCGGGAAUUGCUGGGCUUGCCGCGGCUUGGUGGCUGGACAGGGCCGGCUGGACGUCAAUCCUGAUCGACAAGGCCCCCAGCAUUCGAGAUGGUGGCUUCAUUGUCGGCCUUUCGGGACUGUGUAUCAACACCAUCAAGGAGAUGGACAUCGAAGAACAACUCAAGGCUAUAUCUUACACGUUCGACUACAAUGUCAUCAGAGACUCACAAGGCCGAGAGCUGCUGCGGGUUGCAUACGAAGAUGUCCAUGGUGCAGUGGAUAAUCACUCGGUUGGCCGAGAUGACCUUGCGCGUAUCCUCGCCAAGGUGCUGCCAGAAACUGCGGCGAUUCAUUUUGGCGAGACGUUGGAAGCCGCUGUCGAAGACGGGGACAAGGUCAAAGCUACUCUCAAAAGCGGCCAGACGAUCGAGGCAGAUCUUCUGAUCGGUGCCGACGGCAUUCGGUCCUCCGUUCGCAGCAUGUUCUGGAAAGGCGAAGAUUGCCUCGAAGAUCUCGGCUAUUCGUACGCCGUAUACGACGUCGAGCAAAAGAAGGAGCUUGAAGCCAAGUGCGUCUCCUUCAACAGCCCGGGGCAUCUUGAUAUGCUCUACGCUCUGCGCAACAACCGCCUUGCAGCCUUGCACAUUUGGCGAGACGACCACACGAAACUUCAAGAUCGGAACCAGCGGUUUGAAACCCUGCGAGGAGUCACUUCUGGAGGUGCCGAGUUAGUCACAGAGGUCAUCGAUCUGGCUGAGAAAGCCGACGCUUCGCCCCUCAUCGACAGCUUGACCAUGGUCAACCUCCAGCAUUGGUCCAAAGGCCGUAUCCUCCUCCUGGGCGACGCAGCGCACUGCCUCACAUUGAUGUCCGGUCAGGGCGCCGGCAUGGCCAUCGCUUCUGCCGAGAUCCUAGGCAAAGAGCUGAUGGCCACCAAGGAUGUCCUGCAAGCUCUUGCAAAUCAUGAGAAGAAACUCCGUCCACCGAUCGACAGCCUGCAACUUCGGAGUCGCAAGAUGGCAGCCAUGUAUAUCCCCAAGAACAGAUUCUGGUACUGGUUGCGAAACAUCCUCUUCAAGAUCAUGCCGUAUUCUUGGAUUGUUUCUUACCAUGUCAGCGGUGCGAAGGCGGAGAUUGAGCUUACGCAGAAGUAG